UCUAAAACAUUGCCAAACAAUCAGGAUGAAGAAUGUGAUAUUAGAUCAGGUCAUGGAAUCUCUUAUGAUAAUUACCAAUUGCUGUUGCUGGAUAUAUCAGUUUUUUAUGAUAAAAUGGUCCCAGCGUCCAUCAGUAUGCUGCAAGUAUUGUACAAAGACCUUGUGACUGAUGCUAAUACAUUACAUAAAGCUACUAAGAUGCAUGACUUGCUGAAAUACUUGUAUGCGUCUGGCAAUCUAAGUCCAACUGAUUUUAGUGUUCUGUAUGACACCAUAAAUAUAACUGGACAAUAUGCAUACCAACCAAACAUUAUGAAACUACUUCCAUUAUUCCAGAAUGUCAGGAAUUUUGAAAUAUCAAAAUUCAGUUUACACAGGCAAAAGCUUGUAAAACUAGGAAUAGCAUUGACUCAAAAUGAUGUAGCAAAACUUGAUGGUGUAUAUAACUUGCCACCAAAGAACUAUGAAGACAGCUGGCAUUUGAUUCAGGACCUGGAGCACAGAGGGGUAAUUUGUGAAGGAAAAAUGAAGAAAUUCAUUGGCAAGUUGAGUGCACUUCAAUUCCAUCAUCUUGUGAAAGCACUUCUAGAAGGAAUCCCUGAUGAAGAUUACCAUUUGCUGUUCUUGGAAAUAUCAAACUGGUAUGAUGAAUUUGUGUCCAUUGGUAUGCUCAAAGUAUUGUACAGAGAUUAUAUGACUGAUAGUGAUCUACAAUGUGCUACUCAGGCGUUUGACUUGCUAAGCAUCUUGCAUGAUUCUGGGAAUCUGAGUCCAACUGAUCUUGGUAUUCUGUAUGACACCAUAAACAUAACUAAACAAUAUGGAUUCAGACCAAAGAAUAAGAAACUGCUUCCAUUAUUCCAGAAUGUUAGGAAUUUUGAAAUAUCAAAAUUCAAAUUGCAUAGGCAAAGUAUUGUGAAGCUAGGAAUGGUACUGAUUCCAGGUGAUGUGGAAAAAAUUGGUGAUGCAUACAACAUGCCAACAGUGAAAUAUGAAGACAGUUGGCAUUUGAUUCAGGACUUGGAGAAGAGAGGGACAAUUUGUGAAGGAAAAAUGAAGAAAUUCAUUGACAAGUUGAGUGCACUUCAACUCCAUCAUGCUCUGAAAGUAGUUCCAGAAGUGGUUGACAAAAUGUCUCAGGAAUUGUCAGAAGAUAGUGAUAAAGAACAAGAAACACAGCUUAUGAAAUCAGAAAAGGAAGAGAACGACUUGGCAACAGAAUCAACUUCUAAAAAAUUCAAAGGAGAAUUACCAGAAGAUGGUUGUGUGGAACAAGGUGUUGCGUCAGGUCUUGUUUCAGUGGAGGAAGACUUGGCAAAUGAGCCAACCACUAAAAUGUUCAAAGGAGAAUUACCAGGAGAUGUUAAUGUGAAACAUAAUGUUGGAUCAAGUACCAGUGGCAUCACUGCUUUUAGACAGAUUUUGGCAAUUGUUUCGGAGUGGUAUGACCAUCACGGAUACAUCAGAAUGCUGAAAGUUUUGUACAGAGACUGUGUGGACGACUAUGGUAAAUUAAUUGAAGCGUCUGUGACAAUGGAAUUAAUGAAUUUGUUGAUUACUUCUGGAAAACUGAAUUCAAAAGAUCUCUCAAUCCUCUGUGAUACUAUAAAAGCAACAGAUACGUUUGGUUUGUUAAAUGAAAUAGAACGUAAAAUACCAUCAUGUCUAAUUAUUAGAGAUGAAAAAAUAUCAAAAUUCACACAUCACAGACAGAAGGUUAUGAAGCUUGGAAUGGCACUGUGGGAUGAGGAUGUAGUAAAGAUCAGUCAACUGUAUCCGAUAGAAAACGGAUAUGAAGACUCAUGGAGUUUGAUUAUGGAUCUAGAAUACCGUACGAUAAUUCAGAAAGGAAAGAUGAAGGCUUUCAUUGACAAAAUGGAGGAAAAUGAACUUGUUCAAGCGGUAAAGGCUCUAACAGAAGACAUUUCAGUUGCAUCUUCAAACACUGUGGUAGGAUUUGGGGAAGAAGAAAUCGAUGAUAAUGAUUUACAAAAGCUGUUGCCAGUUUUCACAGAAUGGUAUGACAAUAUUGAUUACACCAGUAGACUGAAAGUUUUGUACAGAGACCUUAUAAAAAAUGCUCAUCUGUUAAACAAAGCUUCAAGUACAAAUGACUUGUUGAAUUUGUUAAUUACAUCUGGAAAUAUGCAUUCAACAGUCCUCAAAGCUACCAUGAAGGCAACAGACACAUUUGGUUUGGAAUAUGAAAUUGAACAGAAAAUACCAUCAUGUCCAAAGCUAAGAGAUGUGAGAGAUGUGAGAAUUUUUUCACCUCACAGACGAAAACUUUUGAAGUUUGGAAUGGUACUGGUGCAUGAUAAUAUUGAACGAAUUAAAGGACUGUAUAAUGAAAAGCUAAAAGGAAAAGAUUAUCAAUCUAGAUGGAGUUUGAUUAUGGAUCUGGAACACCAAAUGAUAAUUUGUGAAGGAAAAAUGGAAGCAUUCAUUGCCGAUUUGAAAGAUCUUGAACUUCCUCAGGCUAUAGAGGUUUUAACAGAAGGUAUUAGGAAGGUUUCGCAAACUUAA